AUGGAUAGUCUACUUCCACCUCUGAACGCCUUUGCCACCGCGCAGGCCAUGGAGAUUCCCCAGCUUACCAUCUCUCCUGCCGCUACCUCGUUGAAGCCUCCGGAGCCGAAGCCUGACGACAAGAAGCCCGAGGAGAAGAAACCAGUCAAGAAGAGGAAAUCCUGGGGCCAGGAACUCCCUAUCCCAAAGACCAACUUGCCUCCAAGAAAACGAGCAAAGACUGAAGAUGAAAAGGAGCAACGCCGGAUCGAGCGGGUGCUCCGAAACCGUGCGGCUGCACAGACCUCCCGGGAACGCAAGCGAAUGGAGGUGGAAAAGCUCGAGAGGGAGAAGUUGUCGUUGGAACAGCAAAACGCCUUUCUGCUGCAGCGUCUGGCGCAAAUGGAGGCUGAGAACAGCCGCCUCGACCGCCAGGUCGCGCAGCUCUCCGCUGAGAUCCGCGGUUCUCGGGGCACUACCCCGAAAUCCGUGUCUCACGAUUCCAACUCGCCCACUCUGACGCCCACUCUGUUCAAGCAGGAGGGUGAAGAUCUCACUCUCGACAAGAUCCCCUUCCCGACUCCGUCGCUCACCGAAUUCUCUCCCAGCCUGAAGCCGACCGAUCUGGCUGAGUCCUCCGACGUGGCACAACAUCCUGCAGCGAUGUUGUGUGACCUGCAGUGUCAGUCGAAGGACUCGAAGGAUCAACCGGUUCUGGUGUCCUCCCCUUCCUGGACUCCCAAUCAGGCUCUGAGUCUCACGCUGCAAGUGAUGUUGCAGCUCCUCUUUCUGACGAUGACUUCCGCCGCCUAUUCAACAGUGAUUCACCCGCUGGGUCAGAUUCUGACCUCGUUGAAAACGGGCUCCCCUUUGACCUUCUCGACGGAGGAGAUCUAUCGGCAUUUCCCUUUGAUUCAUUGGUUGAUUUCGACUCCGAGCCUGUCGCCGCCCUCGAUGGCGUCGCCGACUCGUCGAUCGGUCUUUCGGAUGAGACUGCUCACCCGACUUCUGGCGUGCAGCCCAGCCUUGGCGCGUCCACUUCGCGAUGCGACGGGCAGGGCAUUGCAGCUAGCUGUUAGUGACAUUUCUCUUCGUCAGACUGGGUCGGCCGUCCCCGAUGCCGUUGGAACUCGGCAGGAUUGGAAGUCGUUAUUGACCAUGGCCUGGGCGAUUGACUCGAUUGAGAGGUGGAACCGUGUUGGACGACGAGGGCGGCUGGCCGGUCACAAGAGGAUGCUCACUACGUCGCUACGAUCAAGACAGCUGAGACGAAACCACAAGCACAAUAUGUAUUAUGGGAGUACACGGAGUUCAUGGAGUUCGGGGAAUUUGGAGAAUCUGACUUCCAUUCUCAUGGGGAAGCGUUGCUAA